GCGACUCCUCACUUGAAGCGUGCUCCACAUAUGCACUCGCGAUUGACCAGGCCUCGCUAUAGAUGAUGCAUUCGCGCAAAGAUACUGGAUGAUGGUGAGAUGGCGACUGCUCUGCUGAUCAUCGACAUGCAGAAUGCGUUCGUUGGCAUGAUGGAUGCGCCGCUGCCCAAAAUCCAGAAAUUACAUCGUCUGUUUGAUUCCUGUUCGUGGCCUGUAAUUCUCACCCAGCACGGGCAUACCCCGGAGCAGCUUCAGCCUCCGAUCAAGAACCAACUCGUCCUUAAACUGCUCAGAGACCAGACGCCUCCCAUCAUGGUUGGCUCGCGAGCCUGGGAACUGAGCCCAGACAUUUGGAAGAUGGUCAAGGAUGCUCCAGUAGUUGCGAAGACAUCCUAUGACGCUUUCGGCACUGGUGAGCUAGAUCAUCUCUUACAUGCUUCGCAUGUAAGGAGACUUGUGGUAACUGGAGUCAUGACCGAGUACUGUUGUCACACUACGGCUAUCCGCGCCUUUACGAAGGACUACGAAACGUGGCUGAUUAGCGAUGCUUGCGGAACCGAAGACGAGGAAGCUCACGAGCGAGCGUUGACAGAGGAGCAAGACCUGGGCAAUGCUGUACGAUAUGAAAGUGCCUCUCAUUGCCCAUGUCAGUCAUAAUAUGCAGACGCAAGCUUGUAGCCACUCUUGACCCGUGCUAUAUAGACAGCAGCUUGAUGAAUAGGUACCAAAUACAAAUACCCUGUCCUUGAGCAUAUUUCGUAUUACUCAACGCACAGCUUUGACACAAAGCGCCUAGCUCCUGCUCUGUAGCCGUAGCGCUGCCUGGACAUUUAGCAGGAAGACGCAGAGCACUAUCGUGCGGCUAUCGUCUGACUCAAACUAAGCGUGGACCGUUGCACCGGCGAUUGCCCUCAGACUGACCCUAGUAGAACAUAAAGUAAUGGACAUAGUCAGUCAGCUCGACAGUCACGAGUAUGCGACGCAGAGCAGUGUGCUUCAACCAGCAUCGAAUGCUAAGACUAUCAUUGGCCGAUGGC